CACUGUCAUAGCUGUUGUUCCAUUGUUCAUUGCUGUUGUGUUUUCUAGGACAAAGCAAAGAACCUUGCCGUCCUAUCUUGGGAAAGAGGCGCAAUGCACUCCACAGAAGGCAGCCGAACUCAGCAAAAGAAUCUUGAGAGUGAUCGUCAAAGACAUGAGGCCUUUGUCUCUCGUUGAGGGUGAAGCCUUCAUAGAUAUGAUUGAAUAUGCCUGCCCAGGCUUCAAAUGUCCCUCCAGGUGGUGGUUUACCAAGCAGCUGGAGAAAGCAUACCAACGUGUUCUUGACGAUCUGAAGGGAAACUUAAAGAAGAGGUCCUCAAAGAUAACGCUCACCACCGAUGCCUGGACAAGUAUUGCCACGGAGGCAUACCUUGGAGUGACUUGCCACUACAUUAAUGAAAACUGGGAGAUGGUCUCAUUUGUUCUUUGCACAAAGCCCCUUGAGGACAGACACACUGGUGACAACAUCGCUCUCUGGAUUGAGGAGGUCGCUGAGAAGUUUGACUUUUCUCUCCAUGAUGAUGUCCAGGCAAUUGUCCACGAUAAUGCAGCGAACGUUGUGAAAGCCCUUAGAAUCCUUGAGGAGAAGCAUGGUGUUGCCUCACUUCGAUGUGCUGGCCAUACCACCCAGUUGAUUGUCAACCAUGCACUGAAAGAGCCCCGAAUCAACAAGGCACUUGGGGCAGCAAGGAGCCUCGUCACAUACUUCCACAGCAGCGAGGUCGCCACCCUGAAGCUGAAACUCAAACAAGAGCAAAUGGGCACACCGCAACACAAGUUGUCACAGGAUGUACCCAUCAGAUGGAAUAGCUCUUUUUACAUGAUCAAACGCCUCCUUGAGCAGCGGUGGCCUGUAACCGCAACCCUCUCAGACCCAGAGGUCACCAAGGCAGCAAAACACUACCUGGAUAUGAGAGCUGACCAAUGGAGCAUCCUGGGGGACCUACGUCAAGCACUUGAGCCCUUCGAGCAAGCCACCGUCUUCCUGAGUGGAGAGGCAUAUGUCACGGUCUCUGUCCUGCCUCCGCUGGUGAAAGGCCUACAGCAGUCCAUGCAGAAAGCCUUUGAGUCUGCUCAAAUUGCCACCUUCCAAACUGCAGCCGCAGCACAGAUUGCUUCAAGAUGGAAGGUUGAGACUACUUAUGACGAGGACGGGAAGAAUGUGUGCAUCUUCGCCGCGGCCCUUGAUCCGAGAUUCCGAAAACUCAAGUUCCUGUCCACAGACGACAUCCUGAAGGUGAAAAUCAAACUUCAGACCCUUGCACUUGAUGCCAGACGAGUACGAGUGAGGGAAGAGCCUGACUCCCCCAGUGGCCAGCUAGAUCACUCAAGAGGACAGAAGCCAAAGUCUGUCCUGGACACAUUGCUUGGGUCAGAUGAGGAGGAGGAGAUGGAAGAUGACGACCCAGCCCAUGACCAGAGGGAAGAUGCUGUCAGGAAUGAGGUGCUUCUGUACUUUGGGGGGAGAGCCAUUCCAAAGGACAAAAACCCACUCCAAUGGUGGAAAGAAAAUGAAACAAAGUUCCUCUCCCUGGCUGUUGUGGCGAGAUCUUAUCUGGCUGCCCCUGCAACAUCCACACCUUCUGAACGUCUGUUCUCAGCAGCAGGGACCAUUGUGAGCAAAAAAAGAGCAAGCCUCACCAAAGAACACGUGGACAUGCUCACAUUCCUCCACAGUAAUUCAUAG